AUGAUUGGUAAUAGACAAAGAAAGUGUAAAAACGGCGUAUGGUCUGGUAGACCACCACGUUGCAAAGCAGUUGAGGUUGGAUGUCCCAAACUUUUUGCUCCUGCUAAUGGGAAUGUCAACGUGAAUGGCGAUACGGCAGAGUACACAUGCAACGGUGGGUUCAGACUUCAGGGCCACCGCAGACGAGUGUGUCAAAAUGGUAUCUGGGACGGAUCGGAUCCCCUGUGCGUGAAAACUCCGUGCCAACAAUUGGCCAACUCCGCUAAUAGGAUUGUCCAGGUGCAAGCCAACACGGUAACCUACACAUGCAACCAAGGUUAUGAACUCAACGGCAAUCGAAGGCGAACAUGUAACAAUGGAGUAUGGAGUGGACAAGUGCCCACAUGCAACAUAGCGGUUUGUGCUGAGGGUUCACAGUGGCGGGACGCUUGUAAUCAGCUGUGCACUUGUGUGAACGGUAAAGCUCGUUGCUGUCGUGAGAGGAAAGAAAUCGAGUCGAUGACCGUUCAGGAAAAGCGUCUCUACGUCGAUACUAUCAUCACCGCUUCUACAGAUCCUCAGUAUCGUACUCAGUAUGAAACUUUGUUGGGUAUUCACGAAACAUAUUUUGGGGAGGGUAUACAUGCUGUCGACCAUUUCUUUCCGUGGCAUCGAUGGUUCUUGAUCGAGUACGAAAAUUUGCUGAGAAAAGUCAAUUGCAAUGUAACCGUUCCAUACUGGGAUUGGAGUCUGUCGGCUAGCAAACCAUUCAAUGCUUCUAUCUGGGGAGACGAGGACCAUCACAUUGGUGGAGACGGUAAAGGACCAAAGAAAUGCGUUCACACUGGAAGAUUUCGAGAGAACGUCUGGUCCCUACCAGAUGGCAGUUGCCUUACACGGCAAUUUGAAAUUGGACAGUUUCCGGGACCACUUGAGAUAGCCUAUAUUCUCAACAGUGCUCCGUCUGACUUCUCCUAUUUCGAAAACGCAACGCGAGUCAAUCUCCACAACAACGUCCAUUGCUGGAUUAAUGGCACCAUGUGUUCAGAUAAGUCCGCCUACGCUCCCGAAUUCUUCCUCCAUCACGGAUUUAUAGAUAAACUCUGGGCAGACUGGCAAAAGAGAAGUUCGGCCCACCACAACGUAUACUUCUCUACAAUCACCAAACCCAUGAUCGCCGCCGGCCCCGUCUCUCCGGCCGACGUGAUCGACAAUGACAACUUGCCUGGUGAUAUCAGUGUGUGUUACACCGAUCCGACCGCUACGUCCACGGAUGACGUUUCUGUCGCGGUGAAAGAUCUCAGUAACGUCGUCCUCAAGAGCAUACCUCGUCCUACGUUCAUGCCACUGAGUGAGAAGGCGCUCAGUCUGUUCAGGGUUUCAGCGAGGGACCGCCAGAUAGCUGAGGCUAUCGACCUGGACUUGAGAUUGGGUACUAAAGAUCGAGUUGAUACCUCCAAAGUUAUUUCUGUACUGGAUGCUGAGAUACAGAAACGUACGGGUAUUAAAAUUGUAUCGAUAUGACUAUGAUAGGUCGACUUUUUAGUUUGAGAUACAUCUAAGCUUUACGUUUAGUAUAGAAUGUCUGUCAGUAUUGAAAAUGACGUUUUCGAGAAGCCAGAUGGAUCAAACUUUGACUUG